ACACAAGGCUUUCUCGACGGGAGCUGUCAAAAAAAAAAAAGGCUUUCUCGACGGGAGAGUCACGACUCGACUCAGGGCGCACCGAGCUACCGACCCAAACCCCAAACCCCAAAUCACGUCCACCAGUUCCUCUUCCAUCCUCUGCUGGUUUAACCUAGCUGCAACCGAACGAUCGAUGGCGGCGGCGCUCGCGGUGACGGACGAGCUGGUGUUGCCGCUUCGCGCGGUGGAGGAUCUGGCAGCCGCCGCCGAGGUCUCGCGGGAGGAGGUGGUGGUCAUCACGCAAUGCGCCUCGCUUCUUGGUGAGUUCGUUCUCUUCCCCUUUUGGUUUGGACUAGAUCUGUUUUGCCAGAAAACCUUUCAUUGUUGGCAUUGGCAUGGUUCAGGGCGCGGGAAGUUGCCUUUUGAUGAUGCGUCAGUUGGUGCUGUUCUUUCUGUCGUAAAAAACGUAGAAAGCUUCGGAGAUCAAUUGGUUGCUGAAAUUAACCGGGUGCUCCAAGCUGGAGGAAUUUUACUGGUGCAGAGCAUCACUCCCUCCUCUAAUCAAAAGGAGGAAUAUCUGAACUGCUGAACAACCAUAUCGAGCGCAAGCUACUGAUGGGUGGUUUUGUUGAAGUGCAAGCUUCUGCUGCAAGCUCGCAGGCUAGUGAACAAUCUGUUACUGUGAGUGGUCUAGUGUCACAUUGCAUUAAGGCUGCUGUGCAGGCUUCACGCAAGCUACUGAUGGGAGGAUUUGUUGAAGCACAAGCUUCUGCUACAAGCUCACAGGACACUGUGCAAUCUGUUACUGUUAAGGCAAAGAAGCCCUAUUGGGCCAUGGCCUCUUCCUUUUCCCUGAAGAAAGCAACAAAAGCAAUUCCGAAUAAGCAAAUUGAUGAUGACACUGAACUGAUUGACGAAAAUGUCCUCUUGACUGAGGAGGACUUGAAGAAACCAAAGCUUCCAGUUGUUGGGGAUGGUAAGGUGAAAGCCGCAAGAAAGGCAUGCAAGAACUGUACUUGUGGCAGGGCUGAGGCUGAGCAGAAGGUGGAGAAGCUGGAGCUCACUGCAGAACAGAUCGACAACCCUCAGUCAGCCUGCGGCAGUUGUGGUUUGGGCGACGCCUUCAGGUGUGGUGCUUGCCCAUACAGAGGCCUCGCACCAUUCAAGUUGGGCGAGAAGGUUUCCCUGCCUAACAACUUCCUUUCGGCCGACAUAGGAUGGUAGAGAGCAGCAGUAACUGAUAGGGAACAUUUUCAGUUUGUUUGUUAGGAAGCUAGUACAUUGUUCGCUGUGAAGAAUGAGCAAUGCUUACAAUAAAACAAAAACAAGAAACAGCAUUAGAAGUAGGUCAUGUUAGAUGCUACCCUGCCACGCUCUUGCAUUGUCCAGAUUGGCGUGAGCUUGACUUUUCUGUAUAUCUCUAUUUAGUAUUUUUGUUUCUCAGACAUUACAAGUGAGAAAAGAAGUAGGGAGAAGGGCAUGAGAAGUUCAACCAA